AUGAAUCUAUGUCAUCGAUAUCAGUUGAACAAGCAACUAGCACGUCAUGGUGUGGUGCAAGCUCAAGUGGCGUAUGUCGAUAUACUCCCACCGAAAAAUGUUGUUACUGAGGAGACCAUUGUUUGGCCCUUAAAGUGCUUCCAGCUGUUGCUGGUGGCUUCCGAGUACUGCGCGGCGCUGCAUGAAUUCAUGGCGUUCACCUUCCCAAAUGAGGCCUUUCCAAACGAUUGGGCCGCGCUGAAGGCCCAAGUGGCCGAACACGCUCGGCAGUUCAUCCGCUCCUCCGAUACCGUACCUCCGCCGGCUGUCCAGGAGGGCUGCUUGAGGGGCUGGCAGCAGCUCAACGCCCACGCCGUAUGGGCCGCCUUUACGCACUGCUACUUCCACGGCCUGCCGCGCGUUGCCCCGGACGAAGAUGUCACCCAAGACUGGAUGGACGCUAGCCGCUGGCUGCACCGCCUUGUCGGGGAUCACGGCUGGCGGACGGAUGGGCCGGUGUACUGCGCCGCGGAUGUUUGGGUGAAGAACAUGCUGGCCCGCCUGCAGCAAGCUUUUCCCGAGUCCGUAUCCACCCAGUGGACCCGAGACUUGUUCGGCACGGAACGGGGCUUGAAUGUACACCGCACUCCUGCUGUGCGGGGCGACAUGCGCAAGCUGGCAGAUGGCGACCAUCGUCCUAUCGUUCACACCGCACACCGCACGUGCGGGGGGGUUAAUGCGUGCGCCAUGCACGACACAGCUGAGCCUCGGAUGCUGAAACGCUUCCGUGCAUUUGCGGCUUUUGGCAUCCUCACACCUCCCUUGCUUUCCCCCCUCCUGACACUUUCUUUCUCGUUGCUCUACAAUGUUGCGACACAGUGGAAGGUUCAAGACCAGGAGGCUCCCCGUACCGUGAGGGGUAGCUGCGGGGUGCCGGGCAACUUCGGGCAGACCGACAACUGCGCGCUGGGCUUCCUGGUGCUGGCGGAUGUGGUGGAGUCUUUCUGCGAGGUGAAGCGACGUGUUAUUGGUCAAGGGGGGGGAAUUUUAGUACGCGGGAUAGCGCAGCAGGCCAAUGCCGCAUAG